AUGGCUGACCUAUACCCUUCAUUGGCGCAAUGCGCCAUUGUUGCAACUGCCUUCAAGGUGCUGCUCUUCCCCGCAUACAAAUCGACUGAUUUUGAGGUCCAUCGCAAUUGGCUCGCCAUAACCCAUUCUCUCCCCAUCCAGGAAUGGUACUAUGAGAAAUCCUCGGAAUGGACGCUCGAUUACCCGCCGUUCUUUGCAGUCUUCGAAUGGCUGAUGUCGCAGGCUGCGGCAUAUGUAGACCCUGCGAUGUUGGUCGUGAAGAACAUUGGCUAUGAUUCCUGGCAGACUGUCUACUUUCAAAGAGCAACUGUGAUUUUGACGGAGCUAGUUCUUGUCUAUGCGCUUAGUCGAUUUGUCAAGUCUGUUCCUUUGCCAAACAAGCAGGCUGCGCAUGUAGCCAGUCUUUCCAUCCUACUAUCCCCCGGUCUCCUCAUCAUCGAUCAUAUCCACUUCCAAUACAACGGCUUCAUGUAUGGAAUCCUGGUCCUAUCAAUUGUCCUGGCUCGCAAGCAAUCGACUCUCCUCUAUAGCGGUAUCCUCUUCGCGGUGCUGCUAUGCAUGAAGCACAUAUACCUCUAUCUCGCUCUCGCCUACUUUGUCUAUCUGCUGCGCACCUAUUGCCUUAGUCUCAAAUCGGUUUUCCGGCCCCGAUUCGGUAAUAUUUUCAAACUUGGAUUCUGCGUGGUGGGCGUUUUUGCAGUUGCCUUUGGGCCGUUUGCGCAAUGGGGACAAUUGCUACAGCUCAAGGACAGGCUGUUUCCGUUUUCGAGAGGGCUGUGUCACGCGUACUGGGCGCCAAAUAUCUGGGCGAUGUACUCCUUCGCUGAUCGAGUACUGAUUUUCGGUAAGUGGUGUCUACCUCUCACAGCCCACACGACAUAUGAGCUUCUGACAAUAUCUGUAGUUGCUCCACGGCUAGGACUUCCCGUGAACACUGAUGCUCUGAACAGCGUCACACGAGGACUGGUGGGAGACACAUCUUUUGCUGUCCUUCCGGAGGUUACGAAGGAACACACCUUCAUAUUAACCUUCUUAUUCCAACUGGUUCCUCUCAUAAAGGUCUGGUUCAACCCAGGCUGUUGGGAUACCUUUGUCGGUGCGCUCACCCUCUGCGGCUAUGCAUCAUUUCUCUUCGGCUGGCAUGUGCACGAGAAAGCCAUUCUUCUCAUUAUCAUCCCAUUCAGUCUCAUUGCUCUCAAGGACCGCCGCUACUUCAGCGCCUUCCGACCUUUGGCAGUUGCAGGGCAUGUCUCACUCUUUCCGCUGCUGUUUACAGCAGCCGAAUUCCCCCUCAAGACUAUUUAUACAGUCCUGUGGUUGGUGCUGUUCCUCUUCGUCUUCGACCGAAUCGCACCUGUCCCCGAGCGGCCCCGCAUUUUCCUAUUUGACCGGCUUUCACUGCUCUACUUGACCGUUUCUAUUCCUCUGGUUAUCUACUGCUCCCUGGGACACCAGUUGAUAUUCGGAUGGGACCGGCUAGAGUUCCUGCCAUUGAUGUUCAUGAGCAGUUAUUGUGCCCUCGGAGUUGUCGGAAGCUGGGUUGGGUUCAUGGUUGUGUAUUUUACAGCUUAG